UUUCUUUCCUUCCUUCAGAAAAAAUAAAGAAACAAAAGGUUUGAACUUUUAUUUUUGCUGCUUCUGAUUCUGAUUCUGCACGUAUAUCAAAAUGUCUACCCAAUUAAAAAACCCUAUCUUUAUUGCUCUCUGCAUACUCUUUUGAGUUAUAAAAAAAAGAUAUAAAAAGAAGGAUUGAAAAAAAAAGGGAGGGAAAUAGGAGGAGGAAUCAAGGGUGGGAUAUAUGUCCUUCAAUCAAUCAAGGUCCGAUAAAAGCGAGCAACAGUACCGAAAAUCCGGGCGAUCCGCAAGCUUUAAUCAGCAGCGGUCAUCCUCAGGCGCUUACGGUAAGGGUGCUGGCGGCGUGCCUGCCCCUUCACCGUCUCUUUCUUCAUCUUCCAGUCGAAGUUUUAAGAAGUCUAACAAUGCACAAGGAGGGCAAUCUAGAGGAACUUCACCUGCUGUGAAUUCUAGUAACGCGAAUUCUGGUAAUGCUCCUGCUGGCCAUAAUGUACAAAAUGGUGCGCAUGUACAGUCCCAGUUACAGGGAGCAUCUGAUGCAGCGAUUGCAAGUGGUACUGCCAAGCCGACUGAAUCGGCCACCAGUCAGAGAAGCACCCGAGCUAUUCCAAAGGCUCCAACUUCUCAACCUGCCACCAUGAGUUCUGAUAGUAAUAACCCCACGACUCCGAUUAAGGCUUCAGGAGAUGCAUCAAAAGCGUUUUCUCUACAGUUUGGGUCCAUAAGUCCUGGUUUCAUGAAUGGAAUGCAGAUUCCAGCUAGAACUAGCUCAGCACCCCCAAAUUUGGAUGAGCAGAAACGUGAUCAGGCAUGCCAUGAUUCUUCUUUUAGAUCUGUACCGGAUAAGCCAACUCCUGCUCCUAAACAGCAGCAACCAAUAAAUGAUUCAGUUGCAACUGUUCCAUCUAAAUCCGGGGAGGCUCAUCCAGCACCCAAGGUCAAAAAAGAUGCACAAGCCUCUGUGGCAUCCCCCACAAACCAGCCACAGAAGCCAUCCCUUCUUAGUUUGCCCUUGAACCCUAUACAGAUGCCAUUUAAUCACCAGCCACAGGUUUCCAUGCAAUUUGGGGGACCUAGUCCGAUUCAGUCUCCUACUUCAAUUCAAAUGCCAAUGCAUAUACCUAUGGGAAAUGCACCUCAGGUGCAGCCACCAGUUUUUGUUCCAGGUCUUCAGGCUCAUCCAUUAUCACCUCAGGGAAUGAUGCAUCAGGGUCAGGGCUUAAGCUUCUCGCCACCCAUAGGUGGGCAGCUUCCUCCCCAUUUGGGCAACUUGGGAAUGGGUAUCGCCCCUCAGUAUCCUCAACAGCAGGGAGGGAAGUUUGGUCUUCCUCGUAAAACUACCCCUGUCAAGAUUACUCAUCCUGACACUCAUGAAGAAUUAAGGCUUGAUAAACGAACAGAUACCUAUCCAGAAGGUGGGCCAUCAGGUCCAAGGUCUCAUCCUAAUGUGCCUUCUCAAUCCCAGUCAAUUCCGUCAUUUGCACCUUCACAUUCAAUCAACUAUUAUUCCAAUUCCAUGUUUUAUCCGCCACCAAGUUCUCUUCCAUUUUCUAGUAGCCAGAUAUCACCUAAUGCCCAAGGGCCGAGAUUUAACUAUCCUGUUAGCCAGGGUCAUCAGAACAUUUCUUUUAUGAACUCAGCAGCAGCCCAUGGUUCAGUACCAGGUUCAGUACAGGUUACAGUUAAGCCAGCCGCUGUUUCUCUUGGAGAAAGGGUUGCAGAUUCCUCGUUGUCAAGCAGCUUACCAGCUGUUGAAAAGGGGAGCACUGUACAGCAGCCAAAACCUGGAACUGAAUCUUUAACAUCCAAGUCGUUAUCAGCUGCAGCUAAACAUUCCAGGGUGGUUCCAGCAACUAACUUGGAUGAAAGCCUGCCAUCUAACUCUGUAUCCUCUGCCCCAGCUGCCACAUCUGAGGAGUCUAUGCUAGUCAUUGCCAGUAACGAAGGCAGGAAGGAGAGUUUGGUUAAGUCCAUCUCUAUAAAAGAUCAUCAGAAGAAAAUGAGCAAGAAAGGACUUAUUCAGCCAACAAAUCAGUCUACAUCAGCAACCAGUGUGGCUUCCCACACUGCAGAGCACGGUAUUUCCUCCGGCAGUGCAGUUUCUGAAACUAUUGAGGCUAAAACAGCUCUAACAUCAUCAUCAGCUGUUAAGGAUGAUUCAGCUCCUUCCGUGGAGCUGAAGACAGAAAGCAAGAGAGAAGACUUAACCUCUGUUUCAUCUGAUGUUUCUGGUACUGGAAGUAAUGUUGAUAGCUUGAACAUGGUUCAGGAUGAGCAACUGAAACCUGAAACUAGUGGAAUCAAGGGUGAAGAAGGAAAAACUUUACUUGAAGAGCACUUAACAGAUAAUGCUACUCUGGAGAUUUCUUCUCAACCAGCUCCCCUGAACUCUAAGGAGCUUAAGUCUAAUAAGGGACCUGCCUUGAAGGCAAUAGCUACCAGCAAUGUUCCAACCUCAGGAACUUCACAGAAGGUUCUGACUGAAGAUGUAGGGGGUAACUUAGAAAAUGAGAGAGUCACUGAUAGUAGGGAUGUCUCUCCCUCUAGAACUGCUGAAACUACAGAUUUUAAAGGUUCUCACGUUGAUAAUACCAUUGCUUCUGCUGCUGGUAGCAAUGAAAUCACUGUUACUAAAUCUUUUGCAUCAGACCAGCAGUUUGAUCCUGUCCUAGCUGUUGAUCUCUCAGAACCAACUUCAAAAUACGAAAGGGAAGGUGUUCAGGUGCCUAGUUCAAACAAAACUGUGCCAGAAGUCGGUAGGACAAAAAGUAAUACAACUAGAGGGAAGAAAAAAAGAAAAGAAAUUCUUCAGAAAGCAGAUGCUGCUGGGACAACUUCUGAUCUCUAUAUGGCAUAUAAAGGCCCUGAGGAGAAGAAAGAGACAGUAGCAAGUGCAGAAAGCAAUUCUGUCGGUCUUAAUUUGAAGCAGACAUCUCGUGAGACCCCUCAUGCAGAUGCCAUACAAAGUGAGAAAAUUGCACACAAAAAAGCUGAACCAGAUGAUUGGGAAGAUGCUGCUGAUAUCUCUACAACAAAAUUAGGAACUUCAGAUAAUGGUGAAAAGGCUCAUGGAAGGCUUGGGAAUCAUGAGAAAGAUGGAAGUGGAAAUAUAGCAAAGAAGUAUUCCAGAGAUUUCCUGCUUAAGUUUGCAGAAAAGUGUACUGAUCUUCCAAAUGGAUUUGAGAUUGCUUCUGAUAUUGUAGAGGCCUUGAUGGUUACCAAUACCAAUUCCAAUGCUUCUCACUUUGUUGAGCGUGAUUCAUACGGUAGUUCGGGAAGAAUAAUGGAUAGACAAUUCAGUGGAUCUCGACAAGAUUGCCGUGCUGGUGGAAUGGCUGAUGAUGACAGAUGGAUUAGACAAUCUGGUUCUUUUGGCCCUGGAAGGGAUUUGCGCCUUGAUCUUGGUUAUGGUGCUGCUGCAGGUUUUCGGCCUGGUCAAGGAGGAAACUUUGGUGUUCUUCGGCACCCACGUGGGCAAGCACCUCUGACAUAUGUUGGAGGGAUCCUUGCUGGCCCAAUGCAACCUAUGGGUCCACAAGGAGGUAUGGCACGCAAUAAUCCUGAUUCAGACAGAUGGCAGCGAGCUUCUAACUAUCAGCAAAAGGGGUUGAUUCCUUCUCCACAAACUCCUUUGCAGAUGAUGCACAAAGCUGAAAGGAAGUAUGAAGUGGGUAUAAUAACUGAUGAGGAAGAAUCCAAGCAAAGACAAUUGAAAGCCAUUUUGAACAAACUAACUCCACAAAACUUUGAGAAGCUCUUUGAGCAGGUAAAAGCAGUAAACAUUGACAACGCAGUUACACUCACUGGUGUUAUCUCACAGAUCUUUGACAAAGCUUUGAUGGAGCCUACUUUCUGUGAAAUGUAUGCGAACUUCUGUUAUCAUCUGGCAGGAGAGUUACCUGAUUUUAGUGAAGACAAUGAAAAGAUAACUUUCAAGAGAUUGCUACUGAACAAGUGCCAAGAGGAAUUUGAGAGAGGAGAGAGAGAACAAGAAGAAGCAAAUAAAGUUGAGGAAGAGGGUGAGGCUAAGCAGUCUGAAGAGGAAAGAGAGGAGAAGAGAAUAAAGGCACGAAGACGAAUGUUAGGUAACAUUAGACUUAUUGGGGAGUUGUACAAGAAGAAAAUGUUAACUGAGAGAAUAAUGCAUGAAUGCAUCAAGAAACUACUUGGUGAGUAUGAGAAUCCUGAUGAGGAAGAUGUUGAGGCAUUGUGCAAAUUAAUGAGUACGAUUGGAGACAUGAUUGACCAUCCAAAAGCAAAGGUGCAUAUGGAUGCUUAUUUUGAAAGGAUGACAAAGUUGUCAAACAAUAUGAAACUGUCUUCUAGGGUUAGAUUCAUGUUGAAGGAUGCCAUUGACCUGAGAAAGAAUAAAUGGCAACAGAGGAGGAAAGUUGAAGGACCUAAAAAGAUUGAGGAAGUGCAUCGAGAUGCUGCUCAAGAGCGCCAAGCACAAACCAGUAGGCUUGCUCGUGGUCCUGGCAUCAAUGCUGGUACAAGAAGAGCACCCAUGGAUUUUGCUCCACGAGGGUCUAUGUUAUCUUCCCCUGGCUCUCAGAUGGGUGGUUUUAGAGGGCCACCCACCCAAGUUCGUGGAUUUGGUGGUCAGGAUUUUCGCAUGGAUGACAGGCAGUCUUUUGAGGCUAGGACUGUGUCAGUUCCCUUGCCUCAAAGACCAAUGGGUGAUGAUUCUAUUACUUUGGGCCCCCAGGGAGGUCUUGCUAGAGGAAUGUCUUUUAGAGGACCACCGGGGGUAUCCAGUGCUCCCUUAGCUGAUGUUCCUCCAGCUUCAGGAGAUUCAAGAAGAGUAGCCACUGGUUUGAAUGGUUUUAAUGCUCCCUCCGAGCGAACUACUUAUGGUUCGAGGGAGGAUCUGAUUCCAAGAUAUGGAACAGAUAGAUCUGCAGUGCCUGCUACUUAUGACCACUUGAGCUCCCAGGAAUGUGGCCUGAAUUUUGGUAACAGGGGUCCUGAUAACAGCUUUGAUAGAUCUUCUGCAGCUUCUGCCACAGGCCAAAGAUCCAGUUUCACUCAAAAUGUUCCUCCAGAAAAGGGCUGGUCUGAGGAGCGUCUGCAUGAUAUGUCUAUGGCAGCAAUUAAAGAAUUUUACAGUGCUAGAGAUGAGAAAGAAGUUGCUUUGUGCAUCAAAGACUUGAAUUCUCCGAGCUUCCAUCCCUCAAUGAUUGCUCUUUUUGUAACGGAUUCUUUCGAGAGAAAAGAUGUUGAACGUGAUCUGUUGGCCAAGCUACUUGUGAAUCUGACAAAGUCUCAUGAUGGUGUGCUGAGCCAAGUUCAACUUGUUAAAGGGUUUGAAUCUGUUCUCAGCACAUUGGAGGACGCUGUAAAUGAUGCUCCAAAAGCUGCAGAAUUUCUUGGUCAAAUCUUUGCCAAACUGGUAAUGGAAAAUGUGAUAUCCCUGAAGGAAAUCGGGCAUUUAAUACAUGAGGGUGGGGAGGAGCUAGGGCGUCUUCUGGAAAUUGGACUUGCCGGGGACGUUCUUGGAAGCACACUGGGAGCAAUUAAAGCAGAGAAAGGAGAAAGUGUGUUUAAUGAAAUUCGAGCAAGCUCUGAUUUGCCACUGGAGGACUUUCGGCCUCCAGAUCCUAAAAAAUCAAGGUUAUUAGAAACUUUUCUUUAGAGGAUAAAGAAUAAUUUUGUAUUUUUGCUUAGAGAAGAAAUUCAAAGUCUAGUGCUUUAGGGUUUUGCUUAUGGGUUCAGGAUUUCUUCUACUAGGCUACCCUUUGGUAUUAUUAUUGUUAUUUCUUGGAAAUAUUCAAUGCAAUUAUGAAAUAUCAAAUUUUUAGCUUCCAAA